AUGGAUACACUUGACGACUCGUACUCGCCAAAGUUCACGCGAAGUAGAACUGGUUGUUUGAGGUGUAAAAAGGGCAAACACAAAUGUGAUGAGGAAAGACCCGUAUGUAGGCGGUGUCGAAAUGUGACGAAGGAAUGUGUAUAUCCCCCGACACCUACUCCCAAAUCUACUGCACGCUCUGGCAAGAAACGCAGACUUCUUUCCACAAACAGUGAGCGGUUUGAAGAACUCGUCGAGGGGAGAAACAAUGAGGAGAAUUCAGCCAGCGGGACAAGACCGCUUAGCCCUCUCGAGCUGGAUGAGAGUAUCCCUUUGUUUUUCACCCCUAGCGAUCAUUUGGCGUUAUCGUUUCCCGACGCUCAGGAAAGGGAUCUCAUGAGACAUCUCCUAUAUUUUGGUAAUGUCGUGCUUUAUUCUAUUCCGGUCCAGAAUGAGCCGAUUCAAUUCCUCCAUCUCGCUCAAUGUUUUCAACACUCUCGUGGUUUCUCGCUCGAAUCGGACACUCUCUUACUGUCCCUGAUCUCUAUUGCCGCCAGUCACAAAUCCUCACUCUCAAUGCAACAGGAAAAGAAAUAUUUGACCUCUUAUCCUGCAAGUCGAUGGGAUCUAAUAUCUCUCGGCAAUGAUCCAACUUCCUGGUCUCCGCCAAAUGUGUCUCAGAGCGCGCAGCGGGAGCUGGGGAAUCACUUCUCCAGAACCUCGCUGAGUCUUUGCGAUACAACCGUCUCUUUUAGGCAAGGCGGUAACGGUCUCACUGACGACACGUCAAAUCUGCUGAUAACGAGCUCGUUAGCCGUGAUCAUUGCCCAAUGCCUCAACGCCGGUACCCUAUGGAAGCAAGCCUUUGACAAAGCACUCAACCUCAUCAACUUGAGAGGGGGUCCCGCCCAAAUGUUGCAAAAAGCCCAGGAGAUAUCCCCUUUAGAGGUGACCCGCGUCCGUAUGCUUUUGGAGAAUCUGGUGAUUGUAGAUGUUUGCCAAUGUUUGGCUUCUAGUGCGCCGCCAAGUCUGAUGAAGGAGCCUUUCGCUCCGUGGUGGUUUGACUAUGUCUCCGCUGGGACUGACACAGUUCAUAAUGCAUAUGGCGUAGAUAGAGGUGUCAUCGAACUGGUCAAUCGUGUCAACAUGCUGGUACAUGAAAGUACUGGCCUCUUUACGAUCCUAGAUAACAAAGGAUAUUUGGACAUGCAUAAAUCGAAAGUCGAUGAUCUCCUGCUCGAGAUAGAAGUAUGGGAGGUCGACGUUUACAAGGAAGCGACAGGCCUUCCCAGAGUGACUUUCGGGAACAGGGUAUUGAUACAGACUUUGAAAGUCGUGAUACAUGUCGAUCUCCUCGGCAAAUCCCACUCUGAUCCGAUUGUACAAACGUCUGCAUUGGCAGCAAUAAAUGCUUUCUCGCAAGCCAGAGCAAGCGAUCACGGAGUGGGCUUACUGAUGGCAGCAAUCAUAACCGGAUCUAUGAUGUUGGAUGAGCCCUCAAGGGCGGAGGCGCGCCGCAUCGUGACAGAUAUGCGGACCACACCAGUAUUCGCCUUUGAUGUCGAAGUUGCUAUAACUAUGUUGGAAAAGCUCUAUCAACUUCGAGACCAAGGAGCGAUUGAUCCCUCCUGGCGAUUAGUUACUGUUUCCGAUAUGUUACUGUUUUGA